AUGAAGCGCAAGGCCGAGGCAACCUCCCAGAACGGCCGGAGCGACAUCGGCCUGAAGAAACCCAAGACUUCCCUCUCUCCCGAAAAAGCCAAGGAGCGAUUCCGCAAGGGUCUCUUUGACCAGGAUGUGACCGACGCCUACACCGCGGAAUACGCCAAUUCCGCGCCUUACAAGCAUGCUGUGAUCCACCAGCUCGUCGACGACCAGCUGCUCCGCAACGUACGCACCGAGAUCAGGGAAAACGUCAGUUUCACUCCCAAGGAAACCGACAUCUACAAGAUCCACCAGUCCGGCGACCUUGCCAACCUCGACGGCUUGGACGAUGAGUCGCUCUCCAAGCUGCCGUCGCUCAAGUCCCUUCGCGAUGCCAUCUACUCGGAGACGUUUCGCAACUAUGUGUCCCACAUCACGAAUUGCGGCCCGUUGAGCGGGAAGAAGACGGAUCUGGCUAUCAACAUCUACACCCCCGGGUGCUUCCUCCUCUGCCAUGACGACGUCAUCGGCAGCCGCAGAGUCAGCUACAUUCUCUACCUUGUUGAUCCAGACACCACCUGGAAACCUGAGUGGGGUGGUGCGCUGCGCCUGUUCCCCGUCCAGGAGAUCGAGGGCAAGGACGGCGAGGUCGCAAAGACGCCUCUUCCUGACCCAUCCAAGGUGAUUCCCCCCGCCUGGAACCAGCUCAGCUUCUUCGCCGUCCAACCGGGUGAGAGCUUCCACGACGUCGAGGAAGUGUACCGCGCCGAGUCUGCCGAGCAGCUCGAGAAGGAUGGCGGCCGCGUCAGGAUGGCCAUCAGCGGCUGGUUCCAUAUCCCCCAGCUCGGUGAGGAUGGGUACAUUAAAGGCGAGGAGGAGAGGAACGCCAAGAACAGCGGCUUGAUGCAGCUGCAGGGCAACCCCGCGCAGUACGACACCCCCAAGGCUUCCCCUGUCAAGGUCGAGAAGCCAGCCUCCAGCGAUUCGGAGUUUGAAGAGGCGGACCUCGAGUUCUUGCUCAAGUACAUCUCGCCAAACUACCUGACCCCCGACCUUCUGGAGCAGGUCUCCGAGCAUUUCGAGGAAAACUCUAGCAUCACACUGACAGAUAUCCUGUCCAAGAGUUUCUCCCAGAAGCUCAAAGACUACAUUUCCGAACAGGACAAGAAGCCUCUUCCUGAAGACAGCGCCGAGCUGGAAAAGACCACACCUUGGAAGGUAGCGCGACCACCUCACAAGCUCCGCUAUCUUUACCAACACCCCAACGGCCCAGACGGCAUUCGCACGUCGCAGGACGAGUCUCCCCUGACAGAGCUUCUUGAUGUGUUCUUGCCCAGUCGCCAGUUCCGCCACUGGCUCCAACUGGCAACCGGCACGACCAUUGAGGCGCAUGACAUUAUCGCCCGUCGUUUCCGGCCCGGAAAAGAUUACACACUGGCCACCGGCCACGACGGCAAGGCCCGACUUGAGUUUAACCUUGGUAUCACACCCUCUUCUGGCUGGGGCGAGGAAGAAGAAGAGGACGAAGAAGAAGAUGAAGAAGACGCCGAGGAACAGGAUGGCGGGGCGGCCAGCACAAAUGGCAAGGGGAAAGAGAAGGCCAAGCCGGACGUUAAUCCACCCGAGGAAGACGACGUCGGUGGCCACGAAGUCUACAUGGCCGGUGCCGACGACGCAGACGAGGACGCGGCGGUCUACAACACCGCCGCCGCCGACGACGACAACAUCCUCUUCUACCAGAAUGCCGCCUGGAACAAGCUCACCCUCGUCCUCCGGGAUAGCGGGGUUCUCAAAUUUGUCAAGUACGUCAGCCAAAGCGCCAAGGGCGAUCGAUGGGACAUUUCCGGCGUUUUCGAGGUCGAGGACGAGGACGAGGCUGGCCCUGCUUGA